AUGAGUCCUCCACCACGCCCUGUCAAGACCGACAACAACUCUCCCCCGGAUUCGCAAGCUUCUGGCGUCUCUCCCAACAUGUCGGACAACGAAUCUGCGGCGCCUUCCGCUGGGUGGCCCGUCAAGGAACCUCCCUCGCCCAGCGGCAGCCAUUCUGGUUCUGACAUGGACGAAAAGGCGGGCGGCCCUGACGCUCCCAACGCUCCCGUACAGAAACGUCGACGUGUAACCAGGGCAUGCGACGAGUGCAGACGCAAAAAGAUCAAGUGCGAUGGCAAGCAGCCUUGCACUCAUUGCUCAGUUUACAGCUACGAAUGCACAUAUGACAAGCCUUCAAACCGCAGGCGCAAUCCUGCUCCUCAGUACAUUGAGGCAUUGGAAAGCCGCCUGCAACGUGCAGAAGCUCUUUUGCGCAAGUUCAUGCCGGACGUCGACUUGGCCGAUCCCACGCUCGACCCUGCUGUUCAGCAAGAGUUCCGCAACAGGGAGCACGCACGAGCAGCGGUAUCCAAGUUGAGGCAAGACCCCUUUGCUAUUCCUGAGGAGAAAGACGCUCAGCUUCUGUCCAUGAUCGAGUCCAUAGGCCAGCUGGACUUGGACGAGAAGGGCGGUUGGGACUUUCACGGCGUGUCAUCUGGGGCUGUCUUUUUGCGCCGCAUGAAGGAGAACUUCCGGGGCAUGAUGGGACCGGUGACCAAAGUACCUUUUCUCCCUCGGCCAGAACGACCUGCUGGCUUGAUCAACCUGGAUUCCCCAGCAUCAGCCGCCUCCUCCCCUUUCGACGCGUCGUUGGCAACUGCUCCUGAACUUCCCCCAAAGGAAGUGGCAAGGAAGCUCUGCUACUACUCGCUCAACUGCGCUACCUGCCUGAUCCGGGUGGUUCACAUUCCCACCUUUUACGAAUUAUUUGACCGCGUUUACGAAAAGUCUCACGAAGAUUACACCAAGGAAGAGCACCGUUUUGUGGGCUUGCUAUUUGCUGUUAUGGCCCUGGGCUGCAUGUAUGCCAACUUGGACGAGACCGCUCCUCCCGUGGCCUACAAGGAGUCCGCGGAAGAAGGAAUGAAAUAUUAUGACACCGCCAGGAGGAUUCUUCAAGAUAUCACGGAAUGUCGAGACCUGACAUCCCUUCAAGCACUGCUCUUUAUGAUUCUGUUCCUGCAAGCAACCUCGAACCUAAGCGGAUGUUACGCGUUCGUGGGAAUCGCACUCCGAUCAGCCCUGCGCAUGGGUCUGCACAGGUUCUUGAAGCACGAGCAGAUUUCCAUCAUUGAACAGGAAGUAAGGAAGCGGGUAUUCUGGGUGAUCCGCCAGAUGGAUAUCUACGUUUCGGCCAUGCUUGGAUUCCCGCUACUGCUCAACGCAGACGAUAUUGAUCAGCCGUACCCAACCGAGAUCGACGACGAAUACAUCACGAACGAGGGUAUCCUGACUCCGCCGCCGGGGGUCUUUUCGUUCUUCGAGGCCUUCAACGCCCACACUCGUCUGAUGGAGAUUCUGGCCAAGAUCCUUAAGUUCGUGUAUCCAUUGAAGGGCCUUGGGCAGAGCGUCAUGAAGGGAGACAAGCCGGGCGCGACGUACCUUAUCAGCUACGCGAACAUCAAGCGGAUCGAGACCGAGUUGCAGGAGUGGUACGAGGUUCUGCCUGCGCAAUGGCGGCCCAGCCCUGACGGUCCUGUCGAGGUCAUCCGCGUCCGUCACUUGUUGAGAUUCGCCUACGCGCAUGUGCAGCUCGUUCUUUACAGGCCGUUCCUUCACUACGUGUCUCCUCGGAUCAGCAUGGACAAGAACAUUGACGAGCUUUCGUAUGCUUGCGCCGCGGCAUGCAUCAGCGUCUCGCGCAACAUUGUCCAUAUUGGCAUCGAAAUCCGCAAGCAAAACGUGCUUGCCGGGCCUUACUGGUUUAUGCUCUUCACCGAGUUCUUCGCCAUUCUCUCGCUCGUCUUCUACGCCAUCGAGAAUCCCGAAAAGCCAGGCUCCGCGGAGGUCCUUGAGGACGCCAUUGCAGGAAGGGACAUUGUUGCGAAACUGAAGAACAAGAGCCAAGCCGCCGACAGGGUCACCGACGCCCUCAACGUCUUGUUUGAACAAUUGCCCGAGAGGCUCCGUCAGGCCAAGGCGCAGCCGAUCCCUACGAAGAAGCGAUCGGCACCCGGGCCGAAGACCAGCUCGAUACCCAUCCAUGGCCACCCGGGCAUGCACGGGGGUAUGAACCAUCGCCGAUCCGAAGACAUGAGCCGAUCGCCCAGUGUGUCCAUCGCCAGCGGGCGGCUGUCGCACGUCCGCGGCUCCUUCGACGGGGUGCCCAUCUCGGAGGCUGCGUACCAGGACCCGAACCUCGCGAUGCAGGAUCUACUCUCCAUGGACAUGGCUUCGCGGGCGACUCCAGACUCGGUGAGCACGUCGGCCAGCUCGACCCGUCCGCAGGGAUUCCCGCCACCACACGCGCACAGCAACAACAUGAACCACAUCAGCAAGCUCGACUCGCUCAUGUUCCCGUCGGAGGACCCGUUCGCCUACCCCAAUCAGCCGAUGAUGGAGCUGGGCUACCAGAAGGGACCCGGGCCGAACAACGUCAGCGGCCCGCAGGAUGCGUCCUCUUUCAUGAUGCCCGGCGCAUUCGACGACAUCGACACGCAGCUCCUCGGCCAGUCUCCGGCCUACUUCCUGCACCAGGGACAGGGGCAGCAGCAAGCGCCGCAACAACACCACCACCAACACCACCAGUCAGGGUUCGACAUGUCCAACAUGUACCAGCACUCGGGAUACCCGGGCAUGUCGGACGCCGCGAGGAUAGAGCAGGCCAGGCGAGCGCACAUGCAGCAGCAACGACCUGGAGACAUUGACAGGAUGCUCGCUGAGUCUGCUGGCUAUCAAAGCAACUGGGCAGCGGGAUUGCUUGCCAGGAACGGAUAUCAGGGCCUGUGA